AUGACAUCUCCCAAACAGCAAACUAUCGAAUUGACAGAUUUGGAUCUUGCGCAAUUGACUGAAGUUAGAAAGCAAUUAGAAGAGGAAUUGAAUCAUCUAACAAAUUCAUUUGGUAAAUUGAAACAAGCUCAAACGAGAUUUCAGGAUUGUAUAGAAAGUGUGGAGUCAAUCAAGUCAGGAACUGCAGGAGAAUUGAUUGAAACUAAUAAAGUAAUAGUUGACGUAGGAACUGGAUAUUAUGUUGAAAAGAGUUUUGAUGAUGCAGUAAAAUUUUAUACAGAAAAAGUUGAAUUUAUUAAAAAGAAUUUGGAUAAAUUACAACAAACGGUUACUUCCAAACAGAAUAAUUUACGAGUUACGGUUGAUGUAAUUCAAAUGAAAUUAUCUCAAGGAGUUGCAAGUUCUUCCAAAUCAUAA